UUUGAAAAAAUUCAAAGAAGCUUAUUUAUUAAUGGACCCUAACUAUAUGUGGACACUGAAAACUGGUCGAAAAGUUGAAAAAGUUAUUUACGAUUUUGCAAAAAAUCUGAAUAGAGAAUCAUACCUUCAUUCUUUCAUAAUAAAUGAUGCAGAUGUUGAUGCAAAAAAUUUAUUUACACCAGACGAAUGGAAAGAAAUCAAAAAUCUUGAAUUAGUAGAAAGACCAAAACUUGACCCUUGUCACAAGGAGUUAUUAAUAAAAUAUACCGUAAAUGAUAUUAAAAAAUUGCGAUCACUUCUCUUUGAACCAUUUAUACCUGAUGAUCCGUUUGAUUCUUUAAAGCUAGAAGGAUGGUUUGGAAUGAAUGUCUGGAGCCGAAUUAUAGAUCCUGUAGUUGAUGAUUUAAAUAUUGACUUUAAUUCAAAAGGAGACGGUAUAUUUAGGUUGCGUAGAAAUCGUUUAGAAUUCGGUGCAGUCGAAGCUGGCAGGAAAUGGGAGGAGAUAAAUGGUACGAAAUAUAUGACUGAUUCACUUAAAAUAUCAAAGAUGCUAAAGGAUAUGCUUGACAAAUUGAUUACUGAAUGCAAAAUGAAAGAAGAUCUAGUAAAAAAAUUGAAAGUAAUAGGAAUACUUCAUGGUGCAAAUAGAUUACAA